AUGGAAAGCGACGACGAAGAACAGGUGUAUGCUGAGUAUCUGGAGCGAUCUCGUAACCUAAGUCGAUUUGAUGCUAUCGAACCUCCACCACAUAUAUGCGGCGGUAUCAGCCCCCUUCACAUAACCAACGAAGUUCGCGGCGAUCUCAAUCCCCUCUGCGAGCUUGCGUUACACAAGUACAACACUGAACAGGGUACCAAUUUUGUGUUUCUUCACAUUCUCAAGUCAACCCAUCAAUAUGUUUCUGGUACUAAUUAUUUCAUCACCUUUCAAGCUAAAUCUCCAAACUGCCCUCUUGUAACUUUCCAAGCCUAUGUUUUCGUCGAGUUGCCCUGUUAUGGAGGACAACCUGUGGUCCAAUCGUGUGCUAUCAAGCCUACCUAA